AUGAUUAUUAACCCGCUUCGCGCCCUCCUGGCGCUUCUCAUGGUGAGCCGCCUGUCCACGGCUGGGCCCGUGGCGGUGGAUGUGAAAGUCCUGAACGAACUCGCUGUUCGCGACCCGAUGGAGGUUGCACGGAGCGGCCAUCUUGAGAAGCGACUGUCCGCGGACUUCUCCCUCGAGAGACAGUGGAGUAAUGAAGUACUGUUUGGCGGCUCCUGGACCGAAGUUGAUGAACUCCAACCGAAGCACGUUGAUCUGGAGGUGACUUGCCUUGAGUGCUGGACCAAAGGCACAGUUACAGCCAAGUUGACGACCGAAAAUGUCUUUGAACCCGUAGUACGCCUCGAGUUCGACGGGGUAGAGGCCUACGUAAAUAUCGGCAUCAAGGCGAGCGCAGGAGCCACCUACGCUAUCGACCUUUUCAGCUCCAACUCGCCCGUUGGGCUGGGCCUGCCCGGCUCGACAUUGGGCUUUGAUGGAAUUGGCACGAAGUCGAUCCCGGUAGAGGUGAAGACUGGAACGGGCACCUUCAAGGCCAGCCUUCGUCUCCGUGUGCAGUGCGGAGUCGAGGCUGACAUCGACCUCAUCGGCCUCGGGGCCGGGGCCCUCAUUGGCAUCUACGCCAAUAUUGUCGAAUUUGUUACCGUACUAGAUUCAACCCCGGACUGCGCCCUGCAAACUCGCGAAUGGUUCGAUCUCAACGUCGGCGCAUUUGCACGAUUCGACGUCGUAGUGGAUUUCACCCGCAUCGGCGCCGUCCCGACCGUUUCAACGACCCUUGUCAACUCUCCCACGUGGACACAAUGCCUGCUCGACGGGGCUCCGGCGCACACAAGCGAUGCUGGCCUUGCCAUGACAGACGGUGUGCGGCUGGGAGCCGAGUCUCCACUCCCUCACCCUGGUUCGAGUUUCCAGCCCGGCCUGCCCGCCGCUUCCCAAGAGCCACUUGCCUCAUUCAGUACUGUUCUCAUCCAUGUAACUUUGGAGAAGCCGGAGUCAACGGUUACCACCUUCCCAGAGACGGAAGAUAAUGCUGAGGUGACGGCAACGGCAACGGCUACUGACACUGUUGGCCAAGAGACGAUGAAUAUAACGGAAAGUCUUUCAGCAACGGACACGCCCAACGAGAAUGAAAGCGGUUUAACACGGACUGGUGUUGACGAGAGCAUUCCAUUGACAAGUGUAUUUGUCGAGGAUGCGACUCUUCCUACUGAGUCUGGGCUGGACAUUGUUGUCACGUCUACUGUUUAUUCGACGGUGGUUUACACCAUAACAAGUUGUGCGCUGGAUGUGAUAAACUGCCCUGCCGGAUGGGAGCAAAAGAUUAUUGUCACCCGCACCGUCGACUCAUUCACGACAGUGUGCCCUGUCAAUGCUCAAGUCACCUUUCCUUCCGAGUCUUCUGAUAGCGCUUCCUCACCCGGGGCUAUCCCGCAAUCUUCAAGGCUAGCACCGGAGCGGAUGCGAAAGUCGCCUACGUGCAUAUUAUCACGGACUUGGUGGUUCUUGUGCCUUGUCCGACACCUAUCAUAA